UCUCUUUCUAGACCUGUAACUUACUUAAAUUUUAUUACCAUUUUGUAUAUGUGUAUGUGAUAUGGGAGGUGGAGUCAAAAGGGUGUAUUCCAUGUUCGAAGUCAGAAGACAACCUUCGAACAUUCUGUUUCCACAGUGGGUUCUGGGGAGGGAAUUCUGGUCAUUAGGCUUACACAUAGCAAACACAAGCACUUUUACUAAAGAGGCAUCUCACUAGCAUAGAUUUUAUUGAAGAUCUCAGAAAGAGGGAUACUCCUUAAACUGAGUUGCUGAACUAUUAGGACUUAAAUUUAAAUCUAUGGAAAGCCAUCUUGCCACACCAAGAGACUAGAGCCCCUCUGUAAGUAAAGGCAACCGCACGAGUAGAGUACAAUCACAGAUGACAAGCUACAAGACAGGUGGCAUCUUUUGGCCCCUGUCGACGAUCCCAAUCUACUCUGGCCUUUUAAAUUACUUAAGCUGUAGUAAAGCUGGAUCAAUGUGAGCCUGAGUUGCUAGAAGAUAUUUGUGCGCAAGGUCUCAACAGCACUUUGUACCUUAAGUUCUUCAUCCCUCUAACUUGCUCUGAAGCUUCUCUUGAACUCCAAGAUCUCCACAUACCUCCUGAUGUCCCCCAAGCAUGUCCAAAACUGUCCUCACUAUUGCUGCCCCAACUUUAGUUCCCGUCUAAGAUGGAGCCCUCCAGGACCACCUUGUCCCCUUUCCUCUAAAAAAACAAAACAAAACAAAACAAAAAAACAAGGUCGUAAGUUCAGGCUCCGCCCGCUCACUCGGCCUCCCAAGGUCACCGCAACAUCACUCGCCAGCUCCCUGGGGGCGGUGUCCGCGUACCCCUCGAUGCAGGGCCAGGCGCUCUAGGCUGCAGCCAGCUCUUCAAAGAGCCUUAUCAUCUCGCUGAUUUCGCUUAGUAGGCGGCUACUCUCUCCGCUCAAGUAGCUUCUCUAUGGUUAACUGCUCGCCUUUGUCUCGAAUUUGCUUCGGAUGACGCUCGGCUGGAACCCAACGCCUUCCCACAGCUGCCUCAGUGGUUCCUUUUAGGUACAACUGCAGAAGCCACAGGAGCUCGGGGAGACUGUGUUGGCUUAGCUCCUGAAAGUUCGGCGCUGAGAACGAUGGCGGAACUGUUGCUGCUCACCCCGAGUCUUCUGGCUGCUUCCCCAUUUGCUCCCCGCAGGCUCCCCCUGUCCUCCUCCUGGGGCCCAUCAUGAAUGGUGCCCCUUCCCCAGAAGAUGGGGUCUUCCCUUCUCCGCCAGCGCUGCCACCACCCCCUCCCCCAAGUUGGCAAGAGUUCUGUGAGUCCCAUGCGAGGGCUGCUGCCCUGGAUCUUGCCCGACGUUUUCGCCUCUACCUGGCCUCCCACCCACAGUAUGCGGAGCCGGGAGCAGAGGCCGCCUUUUCUGGCCGCUUUGCUGAGCUCUUCCUUCAGCACUUUGAAGCUGAGGUGGCUCGGGCCUCGGGCUCACUCUCCCCACCUGUCUUGGCUCCAUUGAGCCCUGGUGUGGAAAUGCCACCACCACACGACCUGUCCCUUGAGAGCUGCAGAGUGGGUGGGCCUUUGGCAGUGUUGGGCCCUUCUCGAUCUUCUGAGGACCUGGCUGGCCCCCUUCCUUCCUCAGUCUCUUCCUCUACAACAUCCUCAAAGCCGAAGCUCAAAAAACGCUUCUCCCUCCGUUCGGUGGGUCGUUCAGUCAGAGGUUCUGUUCGAGGCAUCCUGCAGUGGCGGGGGACCGUUGACUCUCCCUCCCAAGCUGGGCCUCUGGAGACCACAUCAGGCCCUCCAGUUCUAGGUGGAAACAGUAACUCCAACUCCUCUGGUGGUGCUGGGACAGUUGGUAGGGCAUUGGCUAAUGAUGGCACAUCCCCUGGAGAGAGAUGGACUCAUCGCUUUGAGAGGCUGAGGCUAAGUCGUGGAGGGGGCACUUUGAAAGACGGAGCAGGAAUGAUACAGAGAGAAGAGCUGCUGAGUUUCAUGGGGGCUGAAGAGGCUGCCCCUGACCCAGCAGGAGUGGGUCGUGGAGGAGGGGCAGCUGGGCUGACCUCAGGAGGAGGAGGAGGGCAGCCUCAGUGGCAGAAGUGUCGCCUACUGCUCCGGAGUGAAGGAGAAGGAGGAGGAGGAAGUCGCCUAGAGUUCUUUGUACCACCCAAGGCAUCCCGGCCUCGUCUCAGCAUUCCCUGUUCUACUAUUACUGAUGUCCGUACAGCCACAGCCCUAGAGAUGCCUGACAGGGAGAACACAUUUGUGGUUAAGGUAGAAGGCCCUUCUGAGUACAUCCUGGAGACAACUGAUGCACUUCAUGUGAAGGCCUGGGUGUCUGACAUCCAAGAGUGCCUGAGCCCAGGACCCUGCCCUGCUAUCAGCCCCCGUCCCAUGACCCUUCCCCUGGCCCCUGGGACCUCCUUCCUCACAAAGGAUAACACAGACAGCCUGGAGUUGCCCUGCCUGAAUCAUUCAGAGAGUCUGCCUAGCCAGGAUCUGCUUCUGGGACCCAGCGAGAGUAACGACCGCCUGUCACAGGGAGCUUAUGGAGGCCUCUCAGACCGGCCAUCAGCAUCCUUCUCCCCUAGUUCUGCCUCCAUUGCUGCCUCCCAUUUUGAUUCAAUGGAACUGCUUCCUCCAGAAUUGCCCCCUCGGAUUCCCAUUGAGGAGGGGCCUCCAGCAGGGACAGUUCAUCCCCUCUCUACCCCCUACCCUCCCCUGGAUACUCCAGAAGCAGCCACAGGGUCAUUCCUGUUUCAAGGAGAAUCAGAGGGGGGUGAGGGGGAUCAGCCCCUCUCAGGGUAUCCUUGGUUCCACGGCAUGCUCUCUCGACUUAAAGCUGCCCAGUUAGUGUUAGAAGGAGGCACUAGCUCCCAUGGUGUCUUCUUGGUGCGCCAGAGUGAGACAAGACGUGGGGAAUAUGUCCUCACUUUCAACUUCCAGGGCAAGGCCAAGCACCUGCGUUUGUCACUAAAUGAGGAGGGUCAGUGCCGGGUCCAACAUCUGUGGUUCCAGUCCAUUUUCGAUAUGCUUGAGCACUUCCGGGUGCACCCCAUCCCUCUGGAGUCUGGAGGCUCCAGUGAUGUUGUCCUUGUCAGCUAUGUGCCCUCCCAGCGGCAGCAGGAACGGAGCACCUCCCGUGACCCAGCCCAGCCCUCUGAACCCCCUCCAUGGACAGAUCCCCCACAUCCUGGGGCAGAAGAGGCGUCGGGGGCGCCAGAAGUGGCGGCAGCCACAGCCGCAGCAGCCAAAGAGAGGCAAGAGAAAGAGAAAGCGGGCGGUGGAGGGGUCCAGGAAGAGCUGGUCCCCGUGGCUGAGCUGGUCCCCAUGGUUGAAUUGGAAGAGGCCAUAGCACCAGGCACCGAGGCUCAAGGUGUUGCUGGCUCUAGUGGGGACUUGGAGGUGUCCCUAAUGGUACAGCUCCAGCAGCUACCACUAGGGGGCAACGGAGAAGAAGGGGGUCACCCCCGAGCCAUUAAUAACCAGUACUCAUUUGUGUGAGAUACCUGCCCACCCUCCAUUUUCCUGCUCCCAGCCUUAAGUUGUGAGACUGGGCCAGAUAGGAACACAGAGGAAAGUGGGAGUCCUCUCCCUAAAGUGGGAGUCCCCUUCCUACAUGCUUCCUGACCCUUGUUGGCCAAGGGUGUGUAUGUUGGUACAAGUAGAGGUUCAAGAGCCCUGUUAAGUCCCCACUUACUACACUACAGGUGCCCUUGCCCCAAGGCCAAGGACUUGGGCUCCAUUACCUCCCUGAGGGGCUCUUAUGGUCAGCCCCAUCCCUGGGGGCUGUUUCCCCACUAAUAACCCCCAACCCAAGGAAGGGUGAGGGGGAAGGGCUGUCAGUUAUAUUAAGGUUGUUGUUGUUGUUUUAAACAAAAUGGAAAAGCAUAAAUAAAUAAAGGGUUUAUCUCAGUUC